AUGCUUCUCAUCAAACAGCAAGCAACGCGAUCAGUGUCGUUGAAAGAGUCUGUUCCUCUAAAACAAAUUCAUGUCGACGCACGUCUUCGUUCAUUUGCUGCCGAUGUAACACUAACGCAAGUAUUUCAAAAUGAUGAAUCUGUGCCAAUCGAAGCUGUAUACUGUUUUCCUGUGGAAGAGAAUGCAGCUGUCUAUGCAUUUGUUGCUCGUAUAGACAAUGAACGUGAGAUUGUUGCUGAACUCAAGGAAAAGAAGACAGCACAGAAAGAAUACACAGAAGCUCUCGCACAAGGACAUGGUGCAUAUCUAUUCGAGCAAGAUGAAGCUUCAAAUGAUAUAUUCGUUGUCAGUGUAGGAGCGUUACAGCCAGGAAGCGAAUGUUGCAUUACAAUUAGUUAUGUAAGCGAACUUGAUCUUUUACAUUUUGAUGAGAAACCAACGAUUCGCUUCGUUAUUCCUACAACAAUUGCACCGCGUUACUCACCAGCAGAAACAGGUAUUACAUCACCUGUAAAUAAUGUUUAUGCACAAUGUAUGUAUUUAAAUGUUCCUAGUAAUUGGAAUAAAACUAAUUUAACAACAUGCACACAAACUAUUGAAAUAUUUGUUAAACGUUAUUCUCUAUUAGGGUAUGAAAAUAUGUCUCAUCAUUUAUGGAGAAUACCAGGUGGUGGUGGUAUUCCUGUGUCAACGCUAGAAUUUGAGACUGUUCGUGUUGUUAGUGCAUUAAAUGGUUCAAUAUCAGUAUAUGUUACAGAUAAACAAGGUGUUGCUUGUUUACCAUAUAUUAGAGAAAAUGAAUAUCGUUUAAAACAAAAAAUAUUUACAAAUACAGCAUUUGAUUUCGAAUAUAUUUUUAAAGUAAUUACUGAUAAUAAUCGUCAAUAUUUAAAUUCAAAUCAAUGUGUUAUAUUAAUGGGAUCAAGUCAAGGUACUUAUCUAUUACAAAGAUAUAUUCAUAUAACGAAAGAUAAUGAACAAGUUGAUGAAGUGAUACUUGAUUCAAUUUUACUAACUGAUAUAACACGAUUAAUUCAUCGUGAUAAAUAUUUAAAUUAUAUUUUUUGCAUUUAUUUACACGUUGUUCACAAGAUGACUAAGAUCAUUAAUGAUACAUUUACAUCAACACAUGUUAUGUCUGAUAUUUAUUGUCGAAUUCAACAAACUCAAAUAUUAGAAUAUCCAACCAAAAAGACUAAAUUACCUGUUUUAUUAUUACAUGGUAUCUAG